AUGUCGAGCAAUGAUUCAGUACAAAGUCAAUUAGUGGAAUCAUUCAAGAAUGCCAUCAAUUUAGAAUUGCAGUCAGAUUUAUUGUUGACAAAUUCGUACUUAACGUCUUAUUCGCCAAAGAAAUUGCACAAAUUGGGGUUGGCAGUAAUUAACUUGAUCGUCACAAAUGUAAAGAAUGGUCUUGGUGGUAAAACAAUAAUAGAAUUGGAAAUAGAUCCUGCUUUGAAAUCAAAUGAGACAGAAAUUCAAAUGGGAUCCCUAAGAGUUGGGGAUAUUAUAAGGUUAGACAAGAUGAGUAAUGCUAAUACAUCAGAAACUGUUCAGACAAAGAAGGCACAAGAUAAUUCGUCUAAAAAGAAAAAGGGUAAUGGCGAAGAGGAUAAUAGUCAAGAUGAAUCUUUAGAUGCUGUGCUUAUAAAAAUUAACUCAAAUACAAUCACUAUCUCAAUUGAAGAGGACCAUUCCGAAGAAAAGGUACUAAGCUUGUACAAUAAUACGUCCAAUGAUAAUGUUAGAAUGUGGAUAGUAAAAUUAAGUAACUCAAUUACCUACAAAAGGAUGACAAGCUCCAUGAACAAGCUAGCUGAAUUAUCACCUUCUAAGAAAAGUGAAAUAAUUCAAUACUUACUUGGGGAAACACAGUAUGCCAAAAAAAGUACUGCAAAAUCUUUAAAAGAUAAACAGUUUUUCAAUCCCAAUUUGAAUUCUUCCCAGAAAGAAGCAAUCAACUUUGCGAUCAAUGAGUCUGCCAUAACGAUUAUUCACGGACCACCUGGAACAGGUAAAACCUAUACAUUAAUAGAAUUAAUCAAACAGUUGACGUUCAAUAAUGGUGAGAAAGUGUUAGUAUGUGGGCCAUCUAACAUUUCAGUAGAUACAAUUUUGGAAAGAUUAUCACCGAUUUUUAAUGAGGAGGACGAGGCGGAUAAAAAGAAAACUCGUAGAGCUGCCAAAAAGAAUACGUCGGCUUUAAAGAACCCAGAGAAAUUAAUUCGUAUAGGCCAUCCUGCAAGACUUCUAGGCAACAAUUUACAACAUUCGCUUGAUAUAUUAUCUAAAACUAAUUACGAUACCGGAUCUAAUGAUAACAAGGAAAUAUUGAAAGAUAUAGAAAAAGAUAUCAGUGACACACUAGGGAAGGCUAAGAAAUGUCGAAACUAUGCUGAAAGACGAGCUUUGUGGUCAGAUUUGAAAACAUAUAAAAAGGAGUUACGUAUUCGGGAGCGCAAGAUAGUACAAGACUUACUAGUGGGUGCCAACGUUAUUCUUAGUACCUUACAUGGUGCCGGAAGUUACGAGCUUACGUCACUAUACAAAGAACCAACGUUGAACUUCGACCACGACCAUCCCUUAUUUGAUACUAUAAUCAUCGAUGAAGUUUCUCAAUCGCUCGAGCCGCAAUGCUGGAUUCCUUUGGUCAACCACUUAGGAUGCAAGCGCUUAGUGAUAGCCGGGGAUAACAUGCAGUUACCUCCAACGGUGAAAUCAAAAGAUGAUCUAGAUGCAUUGAUGCAUAAACUUAGCAUAGAUGGCCCAGUAGCGGAUUUAGAAUUAACCUUAUUUGAUAGACUCAUCCGAGACCAUAACGGGACGCAAUUUAAAAAGCUCUUGGACACCCAGUACCGCAUGAAUGAAGACAUUAUGCGUUUUCCGUCGAAUGAGCUUUACGAUGGCAACCUCAAGGCUCACGACUCAGUUCGUUCGUUGACACUUGAAGAUUUGCCCUCAGUCAAGCCUACCGAUGAUACCUCCGUGCCAUGUGUAUGGUACGACACACAGGGAGGCGAUUUCCCCGAGAAGUCUAGCGACGACGAUUCGCAUGCAAUGGCCGAAUCAACUGGCUCCAAGUACAACGAUAUGGAGGUGCUAGUGGUGGUCCAGCACCUUCAGAAUCUACUACAAGCAGGCAUGGCCCCUGCCGAUAUAGGCAUUAUCUCCCCCUACAACGCACAGGCCUCCUUACUUAAAAAAACCCUUCAGCUGCGCCAGCUCGAUGGGAUCGAGGUAUCUACCGUUGACGGGUUCCAGGGCCGUGAAAAGGAGGCCAUAAUUAUCUCGCUAGUCAGAUCGAAUUCUAAUAGAGAAAUAGGCUUUUUGGCAGAUAGGAGAAGGUUGAAUGUGGCCAUGACUAGACCUAAAAAGCAUCUCUGCAUCAUCGGCGAUCUAGAAUUAAUGGCCACAAAUGGUAAAAAAUACUUGACAAAUUGGUCGCAGUAUGCAGAGAAUGAGUACGAAAUUAGAUAUCCCGAUCUAGGUGAUUAUUGA